AUGCACUUGGGAAAUCUUAUAAAAGCUGCUGUUGAGAUUUGGACUGGACCAGUCAAACACUAUGGACUUAGAAACUUUACGAAUUACGAUGAUGAUCGACUUUAUACAUUUGCAAAUAUGGCAUAUGCAAAAACACUAAGAUUCGGUUGCGCUUAUAAGCAAUAUAACCAGAAUCAAGAAGCGCACAUAUCGUGUAUAUACAACCUUGUGUAA